AUGGUCACACACAAAGGUUGGGGCUCCAGUCGCCCGGUUUACACCAUAAACACAUCUCUGGAGAAAGAGGCGGUGAAGAAGGAAGGGGAAUCUUUCCAAUUGAAUAUUCUCGUGGGAAAAUUUGCUCACACAACUAUGGAGGUCUAUGUAGACGACAAGCUAGUCAAAGCUUCUCAACGAGUAGACCACAUCAAGAAUCUUGCCGAAGCAUUUAGCCUGCUUCGAAAAUACAACAUGAAAUUGAAUUCGAGUCAAUGCAUAUUUGGAGUCUCAUCUGGCCAAUUUUUGGGAUACUUGGCCACCCAAAGAGGCACUGAGGCACAUCUAAAUCAAAUCAAGGUCAUCCUCAACAUGAAGUCACCUUCCAUGACAAAUUAG